GUGCCACCUCCAGUUUUGUGAUUGUGUCAAAAAUACAGGGUUUUAUUGUUGCACUAGCAAUUUAAUCCGAGGAAUAUAAAUUUUGUGUGGAGUUAUGUUCGAGACGUCGUUGCCAGCGAUUCAAGAGGCGAGCGGUCACACGUUUGGCAUUCGUUAUUAAUUAAAUCAGCCGCCAACAGCUGAGCGAGAGAGCAAUCGAGAGCGACAGGAGAGGAUCCACUUCCAAUCGAAUCGGGUGGAAUCGAAUAGCAGGGGCUUGGUAAUUAAAAGGAAGACCGAACUGAACUGAACUAAACUGAAACGGAACGAAGCGAAGCGAAGCGCGGCGAGGCGGCAAGAAACGAAAAGAAAAGAACGAAAGUCGGCAGAGUCGGAAAGUCGGCAAGUCUGAUUGUCGGCAAAGUCGCAAAGUCGGAGAGUCACAGUCUCAAUCGCAGUCGGCGAGAGAUUCCACUCGUGUCGCACGUCCGUUCGUUUCCACAUUGUCGUUAUAAAAAUAGCAACGCCUUAAACGAUCGCAUCAACCUCAUCAACAGAACACCACCAGAAAUCACCGCCCCCUCCUACGCCUCAAUCGCCAUCGCCACCGCAUCCCAUCCCCAUCAUCUUCAUUAGCAGGCAGCCUGACAGAAUUCCAAACUGCCGUUUCGGCAGCCGGCAAGAUUUCACGAAAUCUAAUGGCCAAGGACGAGGAGGAUGAUCUGCUGCCCGACAAGGAUGCGGCCAAGGGCUUCUAUGCCAAAUACGAGCCCAAGGAGAUUCUGGGCAGGGGCAUCAGUUCGACCGUGAGGCGAUGUAUCGAAAAGGAGACGGGCAAGGAGUUUGCCGCCAAGAUCAUCGACUUGGGCGCCACCACAGAGUCAGGCGAGACGAAUCCAUAUCACAUGCUGGAAGCAACCAGACAAGAAAUCUCAAUACUGCGCCAGGUCAUGGGGCAUCCCUACAUAAUUGAUCUGCAGGAUGUGUUCGAGUCAGAUGCAUUUGUUUUCCUCGUCUUCGAGCUGUGUCCCAAAGGUGAACUCUUCGACUAUCUGACCUCUGUGGUGACGCUAUCCGAGAAGAAGACGCGCACCAUUAUGCGACAAAUCUUUGAGGGCGUCGAGUACAUACACGCGAAGAGCAUUGUCCAUCGGGAUCUUAAGCCCGAGAAUAUCUUGCUGGACGAGAACCACAACGUUAAGAUCACGGAUUUUGGCUUCGCCAAGCAGUUGCAAGAGGGCGAGAAACUUACAAAUCUGUGCGGAACGCCGGGUUAUUUGGCUCCCGAAACGCUCAAGUGCAACAUGUUCGAGGGAUCCCCCGGCUACUCGCAGGAAGUCGACAUAUGGGCCUGUGGCGUGAUUAUGUUUACGCUGCUCGUCGGUUGUCCACCUUUCUGGCACCGCAAGCAGAUGGUCAUGCUGCGGAAUAUCAUGGAGGGCAAGUACAGCUUCACCUCGCCGGAGUGGGCUGAUAUUUCAGAGGAUCCCAAGGAUCUGAUACGCAAAUGUCUAGUCGUUGAUCCUUCGCAACGUAUAACCGUCAAGGAAGUAUUAAGACAUCCAUUCUUCAACCAAAUGGUGUUAAUGGGUGAUCGCCGGCAUCCGGCCCCGCCCAUCGCGCCCGCCCAAACGAACAGCAGGCAUCUGCUGCAACCCGAGGCGUCAUCGUAUCGCUUUGGUCAGCUGAACAGUAGUUGCGCCGGUGCCCCCAAUUAUCUGUACUGUGCGCCACAGAGCUCCUACUCGUCGAAUCGAAUGCGCGACGGGGCGCUGGACGAUGCGGGUGCCAGUGCUGCAUCCGCCACCUGCCAUGUCAUGUCGCCAUCCAACGCCUCCAAUUCCUACGCCACCAACACCACAGCCAACACCUCGAACUCGGCCUUGGCAUCCGCCUCCUCCCACAAAACGCUCACGGCGAUGGUCUACUAUCAGCAGCAACCGCAGCAGCAUCAGACGCAGCAGCAGCAGCAACAGUACCAGCAGCAACAGACGACACAGCUGCCGGUGCAGCUGCAGUUGCAGCAUCCACUAUUGCAGACCGGUGGCGAUGGCAAGCAAUCGGUGUAUGCACCUCCUACAGUGCAGCUGCGCAAACAAAGUCGCUUCAACGCGCGCAAAAAGUUCCAAUUCGCCAUACUCGUGAUACGGGCCAUCAUUCGGAUACGGCGCCUACGCUUCACCGCCGAGCCGCUGCACGUUGAGGAGGCCAUCCGGGAUCCGUAUCGCGUCAAGGUUCUGCGCAAGGUCAUCGAUGGCUGUGCCUUCCGUGUCUACGGGCAUUGGGUCAAGAAGGGUGAGGGCCAGAAUCGGGCCGCCCUCUUCGAGAAUACUCCCCGCACGGAGCUCCACGCGCUCUACAUCAACAAUCUCAGCCGAUAGAAGGCGGUCGGGCAUGGGGCAUGGGCCAUGGGCCAUGGGGAAUGGGGCGUGGCGGAGUCGCGCUGAUCUACACAAGCACACACACACACACACACACAGAAAGAAAGAAAAAAGAAAAUAAGAGGAAACACAGUAAGCAAGAAACCAAGAAACAAACCAACAAACGAAUUAGCAAAAGCUACUACUAUGAGAAGCAGGAAAUUGCGAUUGCAACAGGACACACCAAACACACCAAAAAGGAUUCAAUCCAUCCAUACAUUCGGAUUCGCCUCGUUCUGGACGGACAGCCAACACGCAGGUGUACAUAUAUACGUAUGUAUGUAUGUAUGCAUGCCUAGUAACAUUACCUCCCCUGCCUUCUUCGUCCUUGUGAUUUUGUUUAAUACUUUUUAAUUCGAUUUUAUUGCGUCUAAUGCGCGCCAGCCAUCUAGUGUAAUCAGUUAGUGUAGUGAAUGUAGCGUUCAACCACGGCCAUGCAUACCACCCAGAUGGUACAUGGCUAUCCAGUGGUCCAACGUUAUGACCCGGCGCCAGAACGAGCCGAAUCGGAUGACGAGAUGCGAUUGAUUGUUGGGUUGGGGGAAUGUACACACCUCAUCUCACCAUACUCCACACCCAACUAAGCCCACACAAGCAAGCGUACAUGCAUAUGUAUUUUCUGUUAAUGAUUCUAUUAAAUUAUUUAAUUGUAUUGCUAAGCGUUUACAUUUUAAUUGUUAUGUUGUAGUAUACACAAUAAAUAAAAACAAAC